AUGGCGUCUGCACCAGAUUUGAGUCAUGUGGAGCCCCCAGCCAAGAAGCCAGCCACACCAGCAGAGGAUCAUGAGGACAAUAACGUGGACCUGUUUGGCAGUGACGGUGAAGAGGACAAGGAGGCAGCGCUGCUGGUCAAGACCUCCAUCCUGCUGGAUGUCAAGCCUUGGGACGAUGAGACAGACAUGGCCCAGUUGGAGGUCUGUGUACGCUCCAUCCAGCUGGACAGGCUGGUCUGGGGGGCCUCCAAGGUGGUGCCCAUGGGUUACGGUAUCCAGAAGCUGCAGAUUCAGUGUGUGGUGGAGGACGACAAGUUGGGGACAGACUUGCUGGAAGAGGAGAUCACCAAGUUUGAGGAGCAUGUGCAGACUGUCGACAUCACAGUUUUCAACAAGAUCAGAAGCCUUAGUAUGUGGGCGCAUGUGCGUGAGGCCCUGCCUUGAUUAAAAACUAAG